AUGUUCGCAACGGGGCAAAAACAGAUAACGGACUGCCCUUUUGUGGCCAAUGUGUUCAGCAAUAGGUUCUAUGCCACCACCAAUGGUCAGUACUGCGGCAACUGGCACAAUGGUCUCCCAGGACACCAGUUGGGCGACGUGCCCUGUAUCAGCGACAUCCUGGGCGCCCGGCCGUGCAUCAAGAAACCAGUUCGACCCAUUCAGACCACAGCGAAGUGUGUGCUGGCGAACCAGAUGGCCGAGGAGAAGAAGUCCAUGCAGGUGGACAAGGUCCUUUCGGCUGAUGUGGUUCCCAAGAAGUUCCCUGUGCAGGCGCAGAACUACUGCUAUCCGCCCAGCGGGAAGAAAGGUGGCCAGCACGACAUCGCUCAGGAAAUGGGUGCCAGCAACCCCCUCUUCUCCACCAGUGCACAGGCGUAUGGCAGCGAAAUGCCCAUGGAUCAUCAGGUGCCAGAUCGCUACUUCCCCAGCACCAACUACUUCACUAAGGCCUUUGUAGAUUCCAAGCCCAGAUACACAGGGCUCAGCACUGCGCCAACUCCCUCGAAAGUGGCCUUGGCGGCAGCCCUUGAAGCUGGGA